AUGGGUUGUUGUUGCUCUAAAAAUAAUUACGAAGAAGAUGGUCACAUCAGGUUUCGUGUUAUUGAUGGUCGACGAUAUCAUAAUAUCUCGAAUUCAGAAUAUUUUGUAGCUAAUGAUGGCGAGGAGGCCGAUCGCUUAAGGCGAUAUCAUGAUGCUUUAAAAACUAUCUGGGGAGGAUUGUUUCAUUCACCAAUCGAGGAAAAGUUGAAAAAAGGGGCUCGGGUUAUUGACCUUGGUUGUGGAACAGGAACUUGGCUUUUGGAUAUGUCAAGGCAUUAUCCCAAAUCGCAUUUUAUAGGAAUAGAUUUCUCCCCAAUCUUUCCGACAGAAAAUCUCCCUCCAAAUGUAGAAUUUAUCCAAUACAACAUUCUCGAUGGACUUCCUUUUACGGAUUCAAAUUUUGAUUUCGUCCACCAAAAAUUCAUGGUAGCGGCAUUUACACAAGCACAAUGGAAAGAAAAAGUUAUUCCGGAAUGUUUACGGUUAACUCGACCUGGCGGAUGGAUAGAGUUUGUUGAAUCAGACGCAAUACUUAUGUCGGAUGGAAAUGCUACACAACGAAUCGCAAAUGCUAUUCAAAGUUUUAUGUCGUCGAAAGGACUGAACCAUAAAAUUGGCGAGGAUAUUCCGCGUCUUUUAGAAAUCACAGAUGCAUUCACGGAAAUUAGAAAUAAAAAAAAACCUGUCACUUUAGGCAAAAAAGGUGGUAGACCUGGCCAAGAGACGCUAAUUUUCCUUACUAGAGGCAUGAACACCAUUAGAGUCUGGCUAUCUGGCGCGAUGAAUAUAAUGCCUGAACAUUACGAUGCGCUGGUCGAAGCAAUAUCCUUUGAGGCAGAAAAGACUCAUACUUAUGUAAAUCAAUAUAGAAUCUGUGGUCGUAAAAAAGAUCGCAUUUAA